GCGACGCUCGGGAGUGCUCAGAGUGCGAGGGACGAGCCGCGAUUGGUGGAGAGGCGGCAACUUUUUGCGCUUCUUUUACUUUCCGAGCGUGGUCCCGCCCCUCGCCGAGGAGCACCUGCUGCUUCUCUUUGCGAAGUCGCCUCGCAAGAAGGAAGGGCAGGCAGGCAGGCAGGCAGGCAGGAAGAUGGACAACGGGGGAGGGAGCGAGCUCUUGCCCCGGCUCUGCUGCCCGGAGAAGGGAGCCAACGGCUACGGCUUCCACUUGCACGGGGAGAAGGGCAAAGUGGGCCAGUUCAUCCGGCUGGUGGAGCCCGACUCGCCGGCCGAGAAGUCCGGCCUCCGCGCCGGCGACCGCCUGGUGGAGGUGAACGGCGAGAACGUGGAGCAGGAGAGCCACCAGCAAGUGGUCAACCGCAUCCGGGGCUCGCCGGGCUCCGUGCGGCUCCUGGUGGUCGACGCCGCCACCGACGAGCGCCUCCAGAAACUGGGCCUCCGACCCCGCGAGGAGCUGCUCCGGGGGAUGCCCGCCGAAGACGGGGAGCCCGAGGAGGGCCAGGGCGGGCCGAGAGGCACCGAAGCACCCCAGAAGGAGAAGGAGGAGGAGAAGGAGGAAGGCGAGAAGCAGCAAGAGGAGGAGGAGAAAGAAAAGGAGGAGGAGGAGGAUCCGGGGAAAGCGGUAGAGGACGGCGAGGAAAGCAACCACGUCCCCCCGCGGAAAGAGUUACGGCCUCGUCUCUGCCAAAUGAAGAAAGGCCCCAAUGGAUAUGGGUUCAACCUCCACAGUGACAAAACCAAGCCAGGCCAAUACAUCCGGGCUGUGGAUCCUGACUCACCUGCUGAAGCCACAGGACUGUUGCCUCAAGAUCGCAUUAUUGAGGUGAAUGGGGUAUGCAUGGAAGGAAAGCAGCAUGCAGAUGUGGUUUCAGCCAUAAGAUCUGGUGGUGAUGAAACCAAAUUGUUGGUGGUGGAUGUCUUGACAGAUGAAUUUUUCAAGAAGUGCAAAGUUAUCCCUUCUGAAGCACAUCUGAAAGGUCCCUUGCCAGAGCCAGUUGCCAAUGGUGAUGUGGAAAAGGAGAACAAUAAAGAUGAUCAGCCAGAACCUGUUCCUGAAAGUCCUUCCAGCCCCGUGCCUGUGUCUGCUUCUCCAACUCUGAGUGAACCUCACAAUGAGCUCAACUCUCAAGAGAAAGAAGAGAAAAGCAGUCCCAUUGCUGAUCCUGUUCUUGACCUGGACAUCCCACUGGCAGUAGCAAAGGAGCGUGCCCACCAGAAACGCACCAGUAAAAGGGCACCGCAGAUGGACUGGAGCAAGAAAAAUGAACUCUUCAGCAACCUCUGAGGCACCCCCACCGUCAAGCAGGGAAAAGAUGCAAGGGCAAUAGCAGAAAAAUCUGGCCAGAUCUUCCUUGCCUUGCUUUUGUGUCUGCAUUUUCCCUGCGGAGGUGCUUCUCACUUUCCCCUCUGGGGGAUGGGGAGGCAAGAUCUUUCUUGUGUCCUGUGAAAGAAAAGAAAUGACCUGAUGACUACUUCUGCACAGUUCUGGAGAAGUGAUGAUAUUUUAACAGAGAACAACGAGACAUUCUUUCCACACCAUCUGCUAGUAGCUUAAUAGGUUUUCUAUGAGUUUGUGUUAAGGGUGAGGGGAUUGGUUGAUCUUCCAAGUCUGAAAAUAGUGUGGUCAUCUUGUCUUACAAGUCCCAUGAUGUUGGUGGUUGCUGCUGCUGCCCCAGUGAGUGUAUCUCUUUUCCACCUCCUCCUUGUCCCUCCAAAUUAAGUCAUGUUUAGUGAAAUCACACAUCCAAGGGCAUUGACUCUUAGAGUACCUGAACCCAGACACCAUCAAUUUGUGUGGGCUCUCAGCUGCCUCAACCGCAGAGAGGUUCUACUGGAUGUUGACUGGGCUGUUGUGAAGUAACUCAUUCAAAGCGUGUAACCUUAGGUUAAAAGGAAGUUCUCCAGAAUUCUAAUUUGACUACCAAAUAUCCUUUUGUGAACAAAUGCCCUGCCUUUACUUCUCCAUAGAGAGUCAUUUCCCUCUAACUGGAUAUCUCUUUUCCUUACACUCCACUCCCCUGCCCCACCUUUUAAAGGUUUGUUUCCCUAGCUUACAAGUGAUAGUGAAGUGUUCAUGGGGAACAGUUGGACUCCUAGAUUUUCUUGCACUGCCUUCUGUGUGCUUCGAGGCCUUUGGAGGAUCUGAAGAAAUUGUUCAGGUGCAAAGUCUGUGAUAUAUGUUUGUUUGAGCCAGAAACAAGGUGGAGGGGGAUUCAGACCUUACGACAGCAGCUGAAAGCAACCAAGAAUAAUAUAUGUUCAAUUUACUUGUGGAGAUGAAUGGAGCCGAUCAGGGUUUUCAGUAAUAAUGCUUAAUUAACAGUUUAUCUCUAAACUGUUCAUCUUCAGAAUUUCCCUGCCCAUUAUAGCUCUUCUCCUAUGUCUGUGUAUGUCAUGGAAAUAAUCCCUUCUCCAAGAACCUUUUUUCCCUCCCUUGUUUAAAUGUUUGUAAUGUCGAUUUCAAGAAAAGAAAAUCUCUAUACUGGAAGGAAAAAAAAGCUACCUUGCUUUUGUGUGUUGAUUUGAAAUUAUUCACUUCUUGUACCAACCAAUGUUUGUACAAAAACUCAGCUCAACAUGUGACCAAGCAAUCAUUCCUA